GCAGAACACGCGACGGUUGCGAACCCCCUCCCCUCCCGUCGCAGGCUAUCAAUGGAUAUCUAUCUACCCUCACGAGACGGAGACAGGACUCGUGUAGUGUCCUGUCCGUUAUCGCAACCGCGGCCUAUAUUGGAUCAAAGCGUCCUCGACUGGGGAUUCCCUUCCGCUUCCCGAUCCCGCUGAAACCCUAAUUAGUGGAGCGAUUUCGUUUGAUUUGGAGACCCUACGGCUCCGAUCGACCUCAGAUUCCAUCUAUGCUGCCAUCGAUUGAUGGGUGCCGAUCUCGUUUCUUGUCUCCGCGUCGUCGAUUUAUUGGGAUUUUCUUCUGGCCUCGGGUGAACCGGUAGUGCUGCUUCGCGACAUCGGCGGCGGAGGGGGGAUUCUGUUACGAGUUUUGCUGCUCGGGUUACAACUCAGCUCGAUUUGGGUGAGUCUCCUGCUUGUGACUGUGGUCGUCGGAUGGAACCUCGCGUUGGGAACAAAUUCCGCCUCGGUCGCAAGAUCGGGAGCGGGUCCUUUGGGGAGAUCUAUUUAGGUACAAAUAUCCAAACGAACGAGGAAGUCGCAAUUAAACUCGAAAAUGUCAAGACAAAGCAUCCCCAAUUGCUAUAUGAAUCAAAGCUGUACAGGAUUCUGCAAGGAGGAACUGGAAUUCCAAAUGUGAAAUGGUUCGGUGUUGAAGGUGACUAUAAUGUGCUUGUGAUGGACUUAUUAGGACCAAGUCUCGAAGAUCUUUUUAACUUUUGCAGCAGAAAACUCUCUCUAAAAACUGUUUUGAUGCUUGCAGAUCAAAUGAUUAAUCGAGUGGAGUUUGUGCAUUCUAAGUCCUUUUUGCACCGAGACAUCAAACCAGAUAAUUUUCUAAUGGGUCUUGGUAGACGUGCUAAUCAGGUGUAUAUUAUUGAUUUUGGCCUUGCCAAGAAGUAUAGGGAUACUUCAACUCAUCAGCAUAUUCCAUAUAGAGAGAACAAGAACUUGACUGGGACAGCAAGGUAUGCAAGCGUUAACACACAUCUUGGCAUAGAACAAAGCAGGAGGGAUGAUUUGGAAUGUCUUGGAUAUGUUCUUAUGUACUUUUUAAGAGGAAGCCUUCCAUGGCAGGGUCUGAAAGCAGGAACCAAGAAGCAGAAGUAUGAAAAAAUUAGUGAAAAGAAAGUUGCCACGUCAAUUGAGGCUUUAUGUAGGGGAUAUCCAUCAGAGUUUGCCUCAUACUUCCAUUAUUGUCGUUCACUACGAUUUGAGGACAAGCCUGAUUACGGAUAUCUCAAGAGAUUGUUUCGUGACCUUUUCAUCCAUGAAGGUUUCCAGUUUGAUUAUGUAUUUGACUGGACCAUUUUAAAGUAUCAGCAGUCACAGAUGUCUGGCGCUCCUCCACGUGCUAUUGGUUCAAGUGCGGAACCUAGCUCUGGCUUGGUUCCUGCCAUUGCCAAUGAUAGGCAGUCAGGUGGUGAGGAAGGACAGACAAGUGGUUGGUUGGCAAUGGACUCUUCUCAUCGUGGACAAGUUACACAACCAGCUGUAACUGUAGGCAGCUUAUCAAAGCAGAAAGCUCCAAUGGGGAAUGAUCCAUCCUUCAGUAGAGAGGCUAUUCUUCAAGUUCAGUCUCAAGCUGAUCAUCUGUUCUACUACACUUUAAAGCGAGGUACACGCGUACAAUUUUCAUUAAGUUUUCCAGUUCAGCAUUUUUGGGACGGUCAAGCGGAUCAUCAAGGCGAGCUGCUGUUUCUAGUAGCAGAGACAUCCUGGGCAGUGAGGCAGAUCAAACUCGCAGUCGUACUGCAGAGGCCAGUCCAGGGACAUUCCGUAAGGUGUCAAGCGCCCAGCAAAGCUCUCCAAUUAGUUCUGCAGAGCACAAACAUACUUCUGGACGGACUUCAUUUACAAUUAAGAACUAUGAGACCACACUCAGAGGAAUCGAGGCCUUUAAUUUUGACAGCGAGGAAAGGGACCAAUUAUAGCCGCAACCUCUUUUACAUUCCUCUGUUGAAAUCCAUAAACUGAAGUGAGAGUAAACCUGGCACGGUUUUUCCCUUGUGUCAUGAAUGGGGAGCUACUUCUGAGUCGCUACGAUUUGAAGCUGCUGAUACUGAAGUGCCCACGAAGAUGAAAAAUGAUAUUGGGUCGAAUCAUCCCAGUAGCUGUUUGUAUAUUAGCCUAGGAUAUAUGCUACGCCAACGCUUCCCUGCUGUGUGAUCGGUUACCCUUGUUAUCUCGUUAUAAUUCUUGGUGUUCAUUGUGCUGAUCAACAUCACCUUUCAAGAUUCUGUGGAUACUUUGCCUUCUACACGUGUAUUAACCAUGAGCCAGUUGUUGACUGUCUUUAUAAUUAUGCUGUUCGGGCUUUUGAUGUUUA